GCAAAUUAGGAGUAUGUUGCUGUUUUUGUGGAUUUGGCCUAAGUAUUGCCGAUCAAAUUCCGAAUCUUGUUUAGAAUUCUCUGCAUUAAUAGAAACUUAUAGAAAACUGAUUGGAGCAUAAGCUUUCAGUUUCAUUUCUUCCCAACUUUCGAUUUAGACUUCGUCGUAAUUAAUGGGCGUUGUAUCUGCUGUGAUGUUAAAUAGCAUCUAUAAAGCCCAGUCUCACAGCACUAUUCAUCCCACUCAGAAGCAAUGGCCCUUGAGGUAUGGACCAAAAAUUUCGAGGAUACGAUAGAGGAGAAUGAAAUAGAGGAUAGCUGGAGCAUUGUAUUUGAUGACACGAUUGUUCCUGAUCAACCAGAAGGAGGUUGGAAACAAUUCAUCAGUGGGGCGUUUGCAAGGUUCAUGUGCUCAAAGUGCAGGAGAACUUGGCCCUCCAAACGGGUAAUGGUCGUGUUUCAUAUGCGCCGGUGGACUGAGGAGAAAUGCGGGAAGGUUAAAGUGAGACGCUACCGACAGAAAUGCAAGAGGUGUGUGGAGUGUAACAUGGAGGAGCCACGUUUUAAGCAGGAAAACAUUGUGGUGCUGCUGGAGAAGCUCGUCGCGAAGAUCCUUGUGAAGUGCUACAACCAGCAGCAAGACGAGAAGAAUAUCCCGUUCCAACUGGAUGGCAGGAUUGAUGGACCACACGAGGCUGCUCACUGCGAAGCUUGCCAACAGGGCAUCUGCAGACAGGUGACCACAGGAUCAAACCAACAGGACUAAGCAACUAGAAUCAGUCGUGGGGGUGGAUGGUCAGGAGAGUGGGAAAUAAUUACCCUGGGAUACAUUGUUGAUGUCCCUGGCUAUAAUAUUAUGCUGUGGUUCUCAAGUAUGGGUUCUGUGACCCCCUAGGGUAGGCUUACUUGGCGUCUCCACAGGAGGGGGUGCUCUGAAGGUCAAAAUUCAGUAGGUAUUACAGCUACUAAAAACGAUUGGGAAACCACUGAUGUAAUGAAUGCACUGACUGAAAUGUAAUUUUGAAAUAAACCGGCUAUGCUAUGUGUGUAUAAAUGUUGUAAUAAAUACUAAUUAUUGAAUAGAAAAUA